AUGCCGGUGAGGACAGCUCGAGUUGAUCUCUCAUCUCUUAUUAGACACGCCGUUGUGGCUUUCCUCGUUAUAUAUCCAACUGCCACCGAGGCAAGUUGCGAAUGCGGCUUCGUCGUCAACGACACCCAGGACUACUACACCCACCUCAUCCACAACAACUUCAGCACCUACUCGCCGACAAAACCACUUAGCACGAACCCCAAGUUCACGCGCGACUGGGCGAUCCAGAAAUGGGGGCUGCCAGUGCUGAACUGGGCGACGCCUCUGCCUAUACUCAAUCGUCCUGAGAAUGUAUAUCUUGAAAACGGCCAGUUGACGCUGCGGCAGGAAGGGUAUCCCAAGGAGUCCGUGUUGUCAGCGCAUAAUGAUGAUAAAAAUGAAAUCGACAUUGAAAUCUUGACGAGAGAGUUCAAGUCCGAUUCCAUGCUGGUUCACUACACCACACAUCCAGCGCUAGAUGAUCGGGGAUGGCUGAUCGACAAUGCAACCGAGAUCAUUGCGUUAAAGGGACACCGGCCAGCAGACCAUUUCCAACUUCAUCGGUUUGACUGGACUAAGAAAGAGUUGCGGUUCUACCAGAAUUCAAAGGUAGUGCACACCAACAACCUCCGCAUCCCAAAGGACGAAGGAAGCGUCUAUCUCAACCUCUGGGCCGAUGGCGGGAUGUGGAGCGGAUCUCCGAGCACGACAGAUGUGUAUAUGAGAGUCAAGCAUCUAUCGAUAUACCACAACACCAGCGCAAGCGAGAAUGGAACGGAUACUGCUUUUUCCAAGCGGUGCCAGAAGGCAGGGGGCCUUUCAACCGAAACCGUGUGCUACGAUGUACACAUCAACAGCGGCUUGCAGAUCCCGUCCUCGAAAAGCAAGAGUCUGGCGCCGUUCCCCUUCUGGGUGCUAUUUCUCUUCUCUCUCACCCUGGCCAUCACCAUCUCUUCACUGUCUUGA